CCCAGCUCACACUGCCGCUUGGUAAGGAAUUUUGCAAAUCCACACUAUCAUCUGACUAGGCAGAUGGAAAGGCCAAUAGCAGCAAGAAACAAAUGCUCUGCGAAUGUUGAUGUCAACACUCUUCUCAAAAAAAUAACUCUCUCUCCACUGCUGAAACCAGCCUAAUUGUGCAGCUACAGGGUGCUCACUCUUACCUGAGCGUUGCCCAGCUCGCACUUCUGCUUGGUAAGAAGUUUUGCAAAUCUACACUAUCUGACUAGGGAGAUGGAAAGGCCAAUAGCAGCAAGAAACAAAUGCUCUGUGAAUGUUGAUGUCAACACUCUUCUCCACAAUAACUCUCUCUCGACUGCUGAGACCAGCCUAAUUGUGCUGCUACAGGGUGUUCACUCUUACGUGAGCGUUGCCCAGCUCACACUUCCGCUUGGUAAGGAGUUUUGCAAAUCUACACUAUCAUCUGACUAGGCAGAUGGAAAGGCCAAUAGCAGCAAGAAACAAAUGCUCUGCGAAUGUUGAUGUCAACACUCUUCUCCACAAUAACUCUCUCUCGACUCCUGACACCAGCCUAAUUGUGCAGCUACGGCAUGCUCACUCUUAUGCGAUUGUAGCGAAGCUACACCGUCUAAGGACCAGGCUACACAACAAAAGGCCAAUAACCACACGAAGUAAACAUUCUGCAAACUCUGAUGUCAACGAUCUUCUCAACGAUAGUCUGCCUACGUGCAGAGAUCAGCCUAAUAGGGCGGCUGUGGCCUGCUUGCUCCUAAAGUUGGUAAGGAGCAUUGCAAAGUCACACUAUCAACUGAUUAGGCUUAGACAGCGAGGCCAACAUCAGCAAGAAACAAAGACUGCAUGACGCCACAGACCUUUGAUCGUUUCUGGGAAUGUCAUUACGUCAACCCUCCUGGUCCUCACCACGCAUGACAAUGUGCUUGAUGCUGUUUCCAGCCUCGACUUGAACGUCUGGAAAGAUGAUGCGAAUGGCAGAUAUCAAGCCGCGCCCGAUCUGAAGCACUUGGGGCUUAGGAACCACCCACCGGUGUUACCACAGAAGACUAAGCCUGACAAUGGCUUAUGUUCUUCCUUGCUGAUGCUUAUCCUUAUGUCGGCAAUCAUACUGAUGCUGUUUCUGGCAGCAGUAAAGUGCGCACUAAUUGAAGAUGAACGGCACUCACGAGGCCACUGAAAAUUCGUCUGCUCCUAGCCACUGGUGGACCUUCGAGCAUUUGCCUCUUCAACCCUUCACAAAACAAGAAAGCUCAUAACAACAGACAAAUUGUUCAAAAUUUACUUCGGGACAGUCGAGGAAGCAUGACUGCAACAAUCACUGGGACUGCAGAGUUGAUGCUAAUGCGCAUAUAGUGAAUCCUGCUGGUGAUGGUACGGACCCAGCGUAACCUGGAGACACUAUGGCACGGAGAACGAGGAUGAGAAAACAACAAUGAUGACCCCGAUUCCGAUCGGGGUUAGCACCUCCCAAUGGCUUUGUCAACAUUGAUGCAAACCUUGUUUCUGCUUCUGACAGUCCUAACAGUGCAGCCAAGCCAAGUAUCCAUAUACAAUGAGAGUGUUGGAAUGACAAUUCUAAUGAUGAAUAUAGUUCAAUAUACCGAGAAUGGUUAUGCUGAUGACGUUCCCGAUGCUGAAGACGAUGUUGACAGUGGUCCCCCAGAUGAUGCUGAUGCCAUCAUCAGCAAUCCUGAUGCUGAUGCCGCUGCUGCUGGUGAUGAUGAUGGUUGUGGUGGUAGUGAUUGUGAUGGUAACGAUGAGGGUGACGAUGACGUGAGGGGCGAACAUGGUUGUGGUAGAGGUUGCGAUGGUAACAAUGAUGGCGAUGAUGACGAUGAUGACGAUGAUGGCCAUGAUGACACGAGAGGCGAAGGUGGUAUCACCAUUGUUGGUAGUACUUCGGGCUCUGGUGAUGGCUCUGGGAAUGAUUUGAUGGGAGAUGGCAGGAGGGAGGGUUGUGACAGUGCACAUGGUAGCGAUACCACUGACAAUGUUACCGAGGGUGACGACUGCCUCGGCAUAAUCGGCAAUGAGGAGAAUGACGUAAAUGCGGAUCCUCCUGGGUUCAGCAUAGAUCCCAUCAGCUCUUGGGCCAACGUGGACUCCGGCGGCAGCGGCGGCGGGCACAGCACAGAUAGCGGCAAGGAUGACCGUACUGACCCUGAUUCAGCCCCCAAGCCAUCACCUACUGUCACUGGCUUCCUUGACAUAGACGUCACCCUCAUUUCUUGUCCCCUUGAUCCCAACUGCACAGCCCCGCCCGAAGUAUGGAGAGGAUGGGAGGUUUGCUGCGAUGAUUCAAGCGAAGGCGUAACGGUUGGCGAUGGCAAUGGUGAAAUAGUUGGCGAGACCACUGAUGAUGUUACCAUCGAUGAUGAUCGUGUUAGCACUAUCGGCAACGGCGAGAAUGAUGUAAAUGCAGAUCCACCUGGCUUCAACAUAGAUGCCAUCAGUUCUUGGGCCAAUGAUGACUCCGGCAGUGAUGGCGGGCACGCUGUGCGACCAACAUUUGAUUUUUUCCAUGCACCACCUGGUGAUGCUGAAGGCACAGAUACUGGCAAGGAUGACCGUACUGACCUUGAUUCAGCCCCGAAGCCAUCAUCUAAUGUCAGUGGCUUCCUUGACAUUGACGCCACACUCAUUUCUUGUCCCAUUGAUCCCAGCUGCGCAGCCCCGCCUGAAGUAUGGAGAGGAUGGGAGGUUUGCUGCAAUGAUUCCAGUGAAGGCGUCACGAUUGGCGACGACAAUGAUGAAAUAGUUGGCGAGACCGCCGACGAUGUCACCAUGGAUGAUGAUCGUGUUGGCAUUAUCGGCAAUGGCGAGAAUGAUGAAAAUGCAGAUCCACCUGGGUUCAACAUAGAUGCCAUCAGUUCUUGGGCCAAUGAUGACUCCGGCAGGGAUGUCGGGCACACUGUGCGACCAACAUUUGAUUUUUUCCAUGUACCACCUGGUGAUGCUGCAGGCACAGAUAGCGGCAAGGAUGACCGUACUGACCCUGAUUCAGCCCCCAAGCCAUCAUCUACUGUCACUGGCUUCCUUGACAUUGACGUCACCCUCAUUUCUUGUCCCACUGAUCCCAGCUGCGCAGCCCCGACUGAAGUAUGGAGAGGAUGGGAGGUUUGCUGCAAUGAUUCAAGCGAAGGUGUCACGGUUGGCGAUGACAAUGUUGAAAUCGUUGACGAGACCAUCGGCGAUGUCACCGUGGAUGAUGAUCGUCUAGGCACUAUCAGCAAUGGCGAGAAUGAUGAAAAUGCAGAUCCACCUGGGUUCAACAUAGAUGCCAUCAGUUCUUGGGCCAAUGAUGACUCCGGCAGUGAUGGUGGGCACACUGUGCGACCAACAUUUGAUUUUUUCCAUGUACCACCUGGUGAUGCUGAAGGCACAGAUAGUGGCAUGGAUGACCGCACUGACCUUGAUUCAGCCCCCAAGCCAUCAUCUACUGUCACUGGCUUCCUUGACAUUGACGUCACCCUCAUUUCUUGUCCUAUUGAUCCUGGCUGCGCAGCCACACCAGAAGUAUGGAGAGGACGGGAGGUUUGCUGCAAUGAUUCAAGCGAAGACAUCACGGUUGGCGAUGACAAUGGAGAAAUAGUUGAUGAGACCACUGAUGAUGUUACCAUUGAUGGUGAUCGUGUUGGCACUAUCGGCAACAGCGAGAAUGAUGUAAAUGCAGAUCCACCUGGGUUCAACAUUGAUGCCAUCAGUUCUUGGGCCAAUGCUGACUCUGGCAGCACAGAUAGUGGCAAGGAUGACUGUACUGACCCUGAUUCAGCCGCCAAGCUAUCACCUACUGUCACUGGCUUCCUUAACAUUGACGUCACCCUCAUUUCUUGUCCUAUUGAUCCCGGAUGCGCAGCCACGCCAGAAGUAAGGAGAGGAUGGGAGGUUUGCUGCAAUGAUGUAAGUGAUGACGUUGGUGAAACUAUGGGUGAGACCAAUGACGACAACGGUAUCAUCAUGCUUGCCAACACUUCUUCUGACCGUUGUGCAUCUGCCAAUGGUGGGGAUCCUGAUUGGAUCUCCGUGAAAGCACCGCUUGGGGACAAAAAUGAUGGUAAUGGCAGCAAAUACGGUGACAGUGGUGAUACCGUGUGCGGUUGCAGGCUGUCAUCCCCUGUUUGGGUCUGUUCUUCCCUUUCUCCUGAUGAUCCUGGCUCCACACCUAGUCCACAGCUGUUGAGAGAAGCAUCAGAGGAGGGUUGUGAUGACAGCACUGCUGGUGAUGGCGAUGAGAAUGGCAGAACUACUAUUGUUGUCCAUGCCGAUGAUGAGGGUACAGAAGACGUCGAUGAUUUCGCCAUGCUUGAUAAUAGUUGUGGCGCCUUCCCUAAUUCUUGUGCUGAUAGUAGUGCUGACUGCGGCAAGAAUGCAACAGCAUCUGGAGGUACUGAUGGCACUGAUAAUGGCCUUGGAUGCUGCCCCACUUUAACACCACCAGCUGCUGGCUUCCCUAACACCGGUGUCUGUGGUGUUCCCAUUGGCAAUUCCAGUGAUGAUGACGGCAAAGAAGGUGAUGAUAUUUCAACUGCCGGCAGAUCUUCUGCAGAGAGUGGAGACGGUAUUCCCGAGGCCGAUGGCAGUGCAGUAUCUGGCAAGGAUCUCUGGAUGUUUGGGGAUGAGGAUAGUUGUGAAGAUACCAUCCAUUGGGCUGGAGCUGACAAUGAACAAGGUGCAAGUGUUACACCAUCUGCUGUCGAAAGACCACCUGCUGACAUGGGCAAGGCACCCUCUAACAAUAUGGAUGACGAGCCUGAAGCUAGCGUGUCUGGCAUCAAGAUUGGGUCAGAUACGGAUGAUUCAAAAUCCACUGCUGAAUUGCCACCUCUUGGCUGUAGUGCCGCAUCAUUACUACCACACGAACUGGCAAAGGAAUGUGAUGAAACCACUGCUGAUUCGCUGCUCAGAGGCAUUGGGAGGGAGCAUGGUGGGUAUACUACUGAUGCUGAAGUUGAAGCAGACAUUGAACCUGGUUGAAGUGCCACGCCAGCUGCUGUCCCAUAACCACCUGCUGCCAUUAACAAAAAGGAUGACAAGCC